AUGACAGCUCCUAGCUCGUCCGCAACUCCGGCGUCUCCGGAUUCCACAACAACCGUUCGAACGGCCAAGAAGGUUGCUUCGGGACUUCAAUCAAAAGUAAUUCAGAUGGCAGAAGAUCGAUCGCGAACCACAAGACCAAUAGCACCUCCAGUACCGAUCAAAGUCAUCCCGUACGAGUUUAUUGGAACGGGCGCACUUCUAGGGACGGGAAGUUUCAGCUCAGGUUUUGCCAUUAAGGAACUGUUUGAAGAACCAUCGGAAGGCUUGGUCAUGAAGAAACUACGACCAGAAGUCUUGAGAAGCCCAGUGGUAUUUGCAGCCUGUGCAGCGGAUCUAAAGAUGGAAGGGAAUAUUUUGGCUACCAUGAGUCAUCCGAAUGUCGUGCGGUUAGAAGCAUGGAGUUGUGAAAAUAUGAUUGAAGAAUACUUGCGGGGAAGUUAUGUUUCAUCGUAUCUGAUACUGGAGCGGUUAGACGAAACUCUGGAAGAUCGUAUGAACAAGUGGACCAGGAAGAGCCCCGCCUUUUGGCACAAGUUUUCAAGGCGAAAAGUUCUAAUGCACACGAUGCGUCAACACGAAAAGUGCAUCCACAUAUGGAGACUGGCCCAAGCACUCGAGCAUAUUCAUUCGUAUCGGGUGCUACACCGUGAUCUGAAGCCAGCCAACAUUGGAUUCGAUUCCAAGGGGACGCUGAAGCUGUUUGACUUUGAUUUAGCUCGAGUAUUGCCAGAUUUGGACGAAGGGGAUCCGGACAAAGCAUACCAACUUACUGCACUCGUCGGUUCUCGUCGAUACAUGGCGGCCGAAGUGAACCAUGGUCAACCGUACAAUCUAAAGGCUGACAUCUGGAGUUUUGGAGUCCUUGCCUAUCAAAUGCUAACGAACAUAAAGCCAAACGGGGGAAUCGACAGAGAUUAUUCCAAGACCAACAAAAUGAUUCCAAGCGAUUGGAGCGAGGAACUAAGAUCUGUCAUUUCUAGGUGUUGUCGACAGAAUCCAUUGGAACGACCAUCCAGUGAACGGAUACAAAAACAGCUGGAACAACAGUAUGGUAGUCAAUUAUUGGUAAAAAAUCUAUCUGAUCAAGAGGAAGGGCCAACACAGUAA